UGAAUUGAAAAUUUCAUUGUCUGUUGCCUAUGGAAACUGUGCAUGUCUCUGUGUAUCCAGUAUGAACGCAUAUACAUAUAUCGCCAGUAUUAUAAAAGUAACAGUUUGAGAUUGCGGUUUGAAGGGACGAAGGAGAAAGAGAGUUAUAGACAGUGUUGUGAAAAUAUAGGAGGGGCUUGGUUUAUGAAUCUUUGAUUUGAUUUCUGAUAGAAGAGAGAUUAAAUAGAUUGAGAAUGGCUGGAAUAGCAAUAUUAUUAGAUCUACUGAGGAAAAAUCCGAGCUUGAAUGGACAAACCCUUCACUCCUCCGGCCUAUUCUCAGCUACACUCGCUGCUUCCACUGCCGCUGCCUCCUACCCUUUUGCCUCCAGGGCCUUGUUCGGUAACUUUGCAACACGAGUGGCACACUGUGAUGCUGGUGCAACACUAGAUGAAGAUUACAUUUCCAAUAUACGAAGUGUAUCUGGAAAUAUCUUUCAGCAUGAUUCUCUGAAAUACAGUACCAAGGAAUACAACAUCGAGCUAAAACCUUUAUUCUCAGCUUUCCACUGGAAGUCUCUUGCAAUGACAUCAUUGAGGUCUUUCCUAUUAUUUUAUUUGCCUCUUUUGGAGCCUCGUUCAAACAUGGAGGAGGAUGAUGAGGACUUCUUACAAGAUACUCCAGAAGAGCACCCUGUAGAUUUGGUUGUUCCUUUCCGGAAAUCAGUGAAGCAAAUCUUUCGGGAGAUUCCAAAUAAUUUGAAAAAGGCGUGA